GGGACUUUUCCAGUUUUGAAGCACAUGAUGAAGCUGACUGUCUGCCUGUGCAAACUUUGUUAGACUCAGCCUCCUCUGUCUGUUUCUGCACAGGGUCCAAAUCUGAACCUGCUCCAGUCCGAGUUGAACCCUCCUCUGACAUCCAGACUCACUGCAGACCAACACUGUGACUGUAGCAAACAUGGCGUCUUCAGAGCUCGGUGAGACUUUUUAUUCACAUUUAAUUCAUUCACUUCGUUGUUAUAAAGUUUUACAUUGCGAAAUACAGGAUGCUAGCUACAGCUAACAUUAGCCAACGUGGUCCUCUUCCCCUCGAUAAACCGUCCUUUCACUGAUGUUUUAUGACUGUCUGAAUCCGUUUAAAGUUUGUUAACUAUCUUUCUUUGUGUCCUCGCAGCACUUCUGAGUGUGUCUGACAAAACUGGACUGGUGGACUUCGCUAAAAAGCUGGUGGAUGUGGGUCUGUCUCUGGUGGCCUCAGGUGGCACAGCUAAAGCCCUGCGAGAUGCUAAACUGGCAGUCAGGUGGGUUCUGCUGAGAGAGUCCUGACCUGGACGAUGGUGGAAAAACAUUCAGACCAAAACUUUGGUUUAAAAGUUGAUUCUUAAAACGACUCUGGAAAACUUCAAAACCAAGUGCCCUUCAGUCAAAACUGUACCAGGGCAAAAAGGAGCAAAAUUAAAAUAAAGUGUUCCCUUUCACUGUGUUAAAUAAUGUUUAAUUGAUUAAUUUUGCAACAUUUAAGCAGUGUUUCACUGCUUUGGUUGUUCAAUUCAUCCAAUUUUUAGUAUAUCAUGCACUGUUAACUCUUUACACCAAAGGUAAUGCAUACUUUUUUCCUUUUCUAGUUCUUUUUGUUUGUUUUUUAGUUUAUGCACUAAAACACCAUGACAAGUUCAUGUAAAUGUAGCCUCUAAGUCAAUAAAGUGGGUUACAGCUUUAUUCUUAAAACGACUCUAAAAACCUCAAAACAAAGUACCCUUCAUUAAAAACUGUACCAGGGAAAAAAGGAGCAAGUUUUUCCAGCAAAAUUACUGUCAAUGCAAUAAAAUGUUCCCUUUCACAGUGUUGAACAAUGUUAAAUUGAUUAAUAUUGUAACUUUAUUCAUAUUUUAGCAGUGUUUCACUGCUUUGGUUGUUUAAUUCAUUCAUUUUUUAGUAUUUCAUGCACUGCUAACUCUUUAAAUCUAAGGAUAAUGUUUAAUGUUUUUCUUUUUCUAGCUUUAUUUGUUUGUUUGUUUUUUGUUAUUGCACUAAAACAUUAUUGCACACAUUUUUUUUUUGUUUGUUUUUUGUUAUUGCACCAAAACACCUUGACAGAUCCAUGUAAAUGUAGCCUCUAAGUCAAUUAAGUGGGUUCCAGUUUUGUUUUUUUUUGUGGCAUUUGUGUCCCUUAACACGAAGAGAUCUCCUUGCAAAAUGCUUGUGCACAUCAAACUUUAAACCGUCAAUGUCUGUGCUCAUGUUUCAGGGAUGUGUCUGAGCUGACCGGACAUCCAGAGAUGUUGGGGGGCAGAGUAAAGACCCUCCACCCUGCGGUCCACGGGGGCAUCCUGGCCAGGAAAACUCCUACCGACUCAGCAGACAUGGAGAAGUUGGGCUACAGUCUGGUCAGGUAGUGGAAGUAGAAAAAAAAAAAGCAUUUGAUGAAUUUGAACACACAGAAAUCCCAAAUAUGACAGACAUUUUAGAUAUUUAAACACAGUUUUUAAACGGGGAGGAAAGCUGACAAAAAAUGUAUUAUUACAGGGACAAUCUGAACAAAAGCGCACACAUGACGGUGGUGGAUUGCAAACUUGUUGUGUGCCAUUAGGAAACACGGUGCGGUGGAUAAUUAGAAAAGUGCUGCUCCUGCUUGAAACACCAUCUUGUGACUCUCAUUUGUUUAAGGCCAGUGUGAUCGGAUCAUUUAACUACAUGUAAUUAAUAAUUAAAUAGUUACUGCUUUCUGUCUUUAAAAAAAAUAUAUAUUUUAGCCUCACUGGGUUCUUGACUGAUUUACUUUUUCAGACCUGAGAGAAUAAUGGAGACUGAUGAAUGGAGAUGAUUACAGCUGAAGCAGAUGGAUUAUGAGACAGAGAAUGCUGCUGUUUGUUCUCCGUAGAGGAGCAGAUGAGAGUAAAGUGAUAAUUGGAAUCCUUUUUCGCAGAAUUAGAGUCAGGAGUCUUCUGUUUGGGAGCUUGAAAGAGAUUAGAUACGUUUUCCUUCUCUCUUUUAAUUGGUUCAAUCUGAAAGGUCACGAGCAUGAAAGACAGAAACUGCACUGCUGGCCUCUUACCUGACCUGGAUUUUAGCCUUCAUGAUUUUAAUGUGUCUCAUUAAAGAUGCGAUCUUUAUGAAAACUUCAACGCUGUCUCUCUUUUCUCUUUCAGAGUGGUGGUCUGCAACCUCUACCCAUUUGUUAAGACUGUCUCCAACCCAAAUGUUACAGUUGAAGAUGCAGUGGAGCAGAUCGACAUCGGUGAGCUUCACAGAUGAAACUGUGUGAAUGCAGGUUUAGAGUCAUGGGCUGAAGUUAAAUAACAGCUGGUUGAGCAGAAUUUCCAAAAACUGGUAUACUUGUUUGUCAAAAAUCCUGCUCUUGAAAGUUUCCUUUCUUCGUUCUCAGGCGGUGUAACUCUGUUGAGAGCAGCAGCUAAGAACCACGCUCGAGUCACCAUUGUGUGUGAUCCUGCCGAUUAUUCUCUGGUUGCCAAGGAGAUGGCGGAUUCAGGAGACAAAGACACAAACUUGGAAACACGCAGGACUCUGGCUCUAAAAGUAACCCACAACAUUUAACUUGCAAGCACACGAAGAGAAGCAUUUUUAGACUGAGCUUUCUGAUUUGUGCUCAGAGAAGUAGGUCCAUGUUGAAAGUGCCUCUCUGUAAUGUUUUACUCACAUACAAUUAGAGGGCCUUGUCACGUUUUUUUAAUUUAACUUCCUUAGAUAAAAUCUCUGUUUAGAUUUUUUUCAGACAUCUUAUUUAUGUACAAUUAGAGUUUGAAACCAGAGAUGAAUUAUUGUCUUUACUUUUUGGCUGUAUCUGCAUUACUCUAAACAAAAGUUGCUCAAUAGUAACCCAUACUGUUUGAUUUUAUUGAAGCAAAUAAGGGUCAGUCAGGCAGAAGUCAGCCAACAUGAUCAAUGUGAGUUAAAGCACUGAGUUUCAGUGAUUCUCCUCAAAUGCCAUCAGAUUGUGUCUGUCUCAGCACUGAUUUAAAGCAGGAUCUUUAUUAUCUUGUUUUAGUUUUGUUGUUUGUCUUGCAUUGACUCUUUUAGGCAAAGUCCAAUGUAGGUCACACAAAUAUUGAUAUGAAUGUAAAGGUCACAGAGUUCAGCGUUUGACAACCUGAACUUUCACCUUGUAGACUGGCUGAAGGGAUAGUUUGGUUGCAGUGCUUUGAGGUGAUUGUGGAAAAAUAAUGCAGAUUAAGUCAAAAUUUAAAAUUCAAAAUCUUCAAGUAAGUUCAGAGUUUUGGUGUAUGUUUCACAUUUUAUUUCAUCUCGAUUGUGUAAUUCGUUAUUCAGGCUUUCACACACACAGCGCAGUAUGAUGAGGCCAUAUCAGACUACUUCCGGGGUCAGUACAGUCGGGGUGUUUCCCAGCUGCCUCUGCGCUACGGCAUGAAUCCUCACCAAGCUCCUGCACAGAUCUACACCCUGCGCCCAACACUGCCCCUUAAAGGUGAACAAACAUUAGAUAAAUAUGUUUUUGGUUGACCUGAGCAUCAGUGUCCUCAUGUAAAUUUUGUUGAUAAGAUAAGGUUAAUAUUCAAGAAAAUAUGUUUAUUUACCUUCAGGCAGAAGUUUUGGUGGAAAGUUGGAUAAAACUGCAACAUCUGCUGUUUUUGUUCAGAAUAAAAUAACAUUAGUAAGUGAGCUUUAGAGGCAUUAGUAGUGAGAUUUGAUCACCUUAAAACAGUCGGACUGUUUGGUGUAUUUUACUGUGUUAAUAUCUCUAAAAAGACUUUGCUGGACAGCACCUCAUCUUUUAGUUUUUCAGAUUUUAAGAUUAGGGGUCAUGGGGUGUAAUUUUUAGAUAUUUUACUUGUUAAUUCUUGCUGCAUUUUGCUCGCUCUCCCUAAAUACCCUCCCUCAGUGGUUAACGGCUCACCCGGCUUCAUUAACCUUUGUGAUGCCCUGAAUGCCUGGCAGCUGGUCCGAGAACUCAAGAGCGCCCUCGGUAUGGCUGCUGCCACCUCCUUCAAACAUGUCAGCCCUGCUGGUAAGACCAAAGAGACAGAUUAACUUCCACUGAAACAGAAUAAAUGUGAAAUGUUCUGAGAAGUAGAUGUUUAUAGAGUGAAAAUGACUCAGUUUUCUCUCCUUUUCCUCUGCAGGAGCUGCUGUCGGGGUUCCUCUGACUGAGGAGGAAGCGAAAGUGUGCAUGGUGCAUGACAUGCUGAGCGAUCUCACCCCACUUGCUACUGCGUAUGCCAGGGCGAGAGGUAAGAGUCAGUUAAACUUGAUCACAGAAAAAAAGGAGCAUUACAAAUGUUUUUACAAGAGGUUGUAACUCGCUCUACAUUUAUGUUUACAGGGUCAGACAGGAUGUCUUCUUUCGGAGACUUCAUUGCUGUAUCAGAUGUGUGUGAUGUUCCCACUGCCAAGAUUAUUUCAAGAGAGGUAAAAUAGUUUGUCAAAUAACUGCCUUUUAUUCCCCUCACUAAAUUUUUACUCAUUUUUAAGAGAUUUAUUGAUGUGAAUCCUUAUAAUCAAUUUGGUGUCUCUCAGGUGUCUGAUGGCAUCAUCGCCCCUGGUUACGAUGAGGAGGCUCUCAAGAUCCUGUCUAAGAAGAAGAACGGCAACUACUGUGUCCUUCAGGUGAGAAACUUCUAUAAUUCAGACAGUUUUUGAUUAAAAUCACAGUUUAGUUUGCUGUUUGAUUUUCAACGUCUGUCUGUCGUUUGUCUCAGAUGGAUCCAGACUAUGAGCCCGAUGAGACUGAGGUGAGGGUGUUGUUCGGUCUCUAUCUCAAACAAAAGAGGAACACGGGGCUCAUCAACAAGGAGUUCUUCAGUAACGUUGUGUCCAAAGGCUCGGUGAGUCUCCAGUUAAUUGAUUUUUCUGUUUUAUUCAGUGCUUCUCUCACCGUGUCAGUUCAUAUGGUUUCAUUCUUUGAUUGUUUUUGUGUCCAAAAGCUGUCUGAAGAAGCUGUGCGAGAUCUCACUGUGGCCACCAUCGCUGUCAAGUACACCCAGUCCAACUCUGUCUGCUAUGCUAAAGACGGACAGGUAAGAAAAGGCAGGUAGAAGGUGAGACUGACCCGGUUGAUCCUUUCAUGCUUCCUCUCUCUCCUCUUUGUAUUUACAGGUGAUUGGUAUUGGUGCAGGUCAGCAGUCUCGUAUCCACUGCACCCGGCUGGCUGGAGAUAAAGCCGAUAACUGGUGGCUGAGACACCACCCUCGUGUCCUCAGCAUGAAGUUUCGCAGCGGUGUGAAGCGAGCGGAGAUGGCUAAUGCUAUUGACCAGUAUGUCAGCGACACCAUUGGAGAGGUAAAGGCGUUACAGUGAGCUUCUACAGUCUGUGUGCCUUUUUAAUGUUUUUGUUUAUUUAUCCUUGCUUGUGAUGGUGUAACCAAGUAUUGUUACUGUAUGGUACGACAUUACUCGUCAUUGACUUAUUAUUCAUGGCAUAUUGCUUAUCACACAGCUGUGGUUUUUGGCAUCAGUAGAAAUGAAUACUUUCCCUCUGUUGAUGGAUCAGUAAAAAGCACAUGCUGUGACGUACUUGCAGCUCACCUGUCUGCUCCGUGAUAUUUAACGUCAUGCCUCACAUAUUGAAUGCCAUACACAGCACAUUUGUAAACCAACAUUGUGUUGAUUUUGUUACGACAGGGCCCAGACUUGGCAGUUUGGAAGUCGAUGUAUGAUGAGGUGCCAGAGUCUCUGUCAGCAACUGAAAAGAAGAACUGGAUCAGCUCCCUGCAGGCCGUGGCUGUCAGCUCUGACGCCUUCUUCCCCUUCAGAGACAACAUUGACCGUGCCAAACGGGUAAAUUUAGCACACCUUCCAGCAAAGCAUGAAUGACCUGAAGACACCUGAUCAAAUCCAUUUGUGUUCAUAAAUACUGGUGCUAGUUUUGAAACUCUCCUGACUAUGAACACCUCCAUUUACUGACCAGCUGUCCGAGCAUACAUGUAUUUAUUGACCUUUCUUUUCUCUGUGUGUCUGUAGAGUGGUGUUGAGUACAUCGCAGCUCCAGCCGGCUCUGCUGCUGACGCAGUCGUGAUUAAUGCCUGUAAUGAGCAGGGCAUCACUCUGGUGCACACCAACCUGCGGCUCUUCCACCACUGAACACCUCAGCUCUGGUCCAGGUGUUCUUUAAACUGCACUAACGGUUUAGAGUCUAAAUCUCUUUCUAACCUCACUGACACUCAAAACAUUCCUCCCCUUAUCAUGCUGCAGUGUAGAGGUCACAGCCAGGCUGUUUUGUAACACAUUAGUUUCAUUCCUGACUCGUGUACUUUGCAUCAGAAAGAUACAGACACUGUUCUUAGCAUUAUAGGUCAUUCACUUUUCAGUGUGAAAUAAAACCUUACUGACAGCU